AUGACAAAACGAAGAAUUUUGGCCUAUGUUGGUUACUGUGGAUUCGGGUUAAAAGGUUCUCAGAUUCAAUUACAUGUUGCUCCCGAAUACACCAUUGAAGGUAUUAUUGCAAAAAAGCUUUUCAAACACAAUCUCGUAAAAGAAAGUAAUUAUGUAAACCCAGAUCAUUUAAGGCUUGAUAGAAGCACGAGAACUGAUAAGGGAGUUCAUUCUCUGGCUAAUCUCAUUUCCUUGAAGGUAGAGUCGUCUGUGGAUAGAUCUGAUGAACAUGCAUCAGAAGCCUUUGCUGAUUAUAUUCAACAAGUCAUUAAUUCAAAAAGUGAGAAUGAAUCAAAUUUGGAUCAACAAGAAACAUUUCCAGACCCUCAAUUACAAGCUUUUCGGGUGGAAGUUGUUUCCCGAAGAAUCAAUACUCGUGGAUUAGUGUCUAUUCGUGGUUAUGAAUACAUUUUGCCAUUUCAAAUCAUGUUGGAUCUCGUGAAACGAUUUGAUACAUCACCUCAGCAAGAGGACAAAAUUUUCGAAUUAUUGAGAAUGAAAAUACGGAAUGAGGAUAUUCCAAGGUUAAAAGGAGAAGAGGAAAAGAACACACUCCUAUUGCAAGCAAUAUGUGAAAAGUUAAAUUAUGUAUUGAAUCAAUUUGAAGGCUUUCAAUCGUUUCAUAAUUUUACCGUGUCAAGCUCGAGUAAUGAUGGAGAACCAAUGACGAGACAAAUCUAUCAUUGCUAUGCCUCUCCAGCUCGUGUGAAAUGUGACAGUAAUCAUCAAGAAGAAUGGGCCAUUCGAUUCAAAUUAGCUGGAAAUGGUUUCGUGCAACAUCAAAUUAGAAAAAUGAUUUCUUCUGCUGUACUACAUGUUAUUGCUCCAGAAAUUAUGAAUCAAGAGUUUUUAGAUAUUGCACUUUUGAGCAAUGAAGAUGUAUACAUUAACAAAGUGCCAGGCGAGCAUUUAAUCCACACAAGAAGUGUUCUCAAUGACCCAGAUAUGGAACAACGUUUCAGCAACUGCCGAGAGCAACAAAUUCAAUUCAAGAAAACAAUAUUGUAUCCAAAAAUUUUCAAAGAACAUCGUGCCUUAUUAGAAGAGCAUUGGCUCAAGUAUGCUAGAGAAGUAUUAUCAUUUGGAAACGAAUGGCUCACUCAGAAAGAACAAGUGAAAAGCAGAGCACUGCAGAGUAUUGAAGCACAAAGACUGUUGCAACUUCAGAGACGAGAAAAAGAUGUCAAAUUUAGAGAGGAUUUGUUAUCUCAGCAAAAAUUAUUGCCUGAUCGAGCCAUACCCAAUGGUUAUCGAUCACAUUUCUAUUCCAAGUUCAAACUCUAUCCUCAAGAUGAAAGAGCGAUUAAGGCAAUCUCUGAUCUAGCGACUAUGAUCUUGUCAAAGAAAUUGCCAAUUUCCUCAAACUUUGAGUUAUUGGAUGAGGCUGUUGUGUCAGAAAAGCUCCUGGAUCCUAAUGAAAUACAACUCGAUGAAGAAUUAUAA